AUGACAGUCGACCCUCCCCCGCCCGCGUCCGCGUCCAGUCUCACGCCGAUGAUGCCGUACGACGAUGCAGCGCGUGAACGCGCGCGCAUCUUCGCGACAGCGGCGCGCGAGCACGCGGCGGCCAUUGGCGCACCCCCCCUCCUCGAGAAGCCCAUUAAUGCCGGCCGUAAGCUGCGGGUGGUGUGUGUCGGGGCGGGCUUUAGUGGUAUCCACGCGGCCGUCUACCUCCCCCAGCAUGUGCCCAACCUCGAGCUGCAGAUCUACGAGCGGUCCGAUGACGUUGGCGGCGUGUGGCAAUUUAACCGGUACGCGGGUAUUGCGUGCGACAUUCCCGCCCACUCGUACCAGCUCACGUACGCGGACAAUACGCAGUGGUCCAAGUUCUUUGCACCAGGCGGCGAGAUCCAAGCCUACCUCGCCCGCGUGGCGGACCAUUACGGCGUGAGGAAGUACAUGAAGAUGCGGCAUAGUGUGGAGGAGCUGCUUUGGAUCCCCGACGAGGGCAAGUGGCUCGUGCGCGUGCGCAACCUCGACACGGAUGAGAUGGUCGAGGACAAGGCUGAUUUCGUCGCGUACGCCGGUGGGGCACUUUCCAAGCCUGUGUGGCCCAAGAUUCCAGGUCGCGAGAUUUACAAGGGCAUCAUUCAUCAUUCGGCUGGGUGGGAUUCGGCAAAGGAGGAAGCCGACGGCGUCGACUGGAGCGACAAAACGGUCGGCGUGAUUGGGGUGGGGAGUAGCGCGAUCCAGAUCGUCCCAGAGAUGCAGAAACGGGCCAAGCAGGUCGUUAAUUUUGGGCGGUCCAAGACGUGGCUGUCCGGCGUGUUCUCGCCGGACGUCCUCGCGCAGCUGGGCGCAAACACCAAGGAGGGGAUGAAUCAUAUCUUCAGUGACGAGGAGAAGGAACGCCUGAGGGACACAGAGUUCUAUGCCGAGUUUAGGCGCAUGGUCGAGCGCGAUCUGGGAAGCGUGCACUAUCUCACGCACCGGGGGAGUGCGAUGCAGACGGCCAUACGAGCCGACGUUGACGCCACGAUGCGGCGCAAGCUCGCGCGCAAGCCCGAUAUUGCGGAGACGCUCAUUCCACCCUUCCCUAUUGGGUGCAAGCGCCUCACUCCCGGUCCGGGGUACUUGGACGCGCUGGUAGCCGAUAAUGUCAACUUUGUCAGGGAUGACCUCGAGUGCUUUACGGAGAAAGGUAUCCGCACCAAGGCGGGAGAGGAGUUUGAGCUCGACGCCAUCAUCUGCGCCACUGGCUUCGACGUGUCCAGCAUUCCCGGAUUCCCGAUCAUUGGGCUUGACGGCGUAAACCUCCAGGAUGCGUGGAAGGAUGAGGCCAGGACGUACCUCGCCACGACGAUCGCCAAAAUGCCCAACUUCUUCAGCAUCCUCGGAGCACAGUCGGGUGUCGGGUCUGGCUCGCUGCUCAUCAUCAUGGAAGAGCAGGUUGCGUACAUGGCCAGGGCGCUUAACAAGUGCGCCAACGAGGGAUACAAGUCGCUCGUGGUCAAGGAGGAGGCUGUCGCGUCGUUCCUCAGGUACACCGACGCGUACUUUGCGCGCACCGUGUUCACCGAGGAGUGCAAGAGUUGGUACAAGAACGGCAAGAUGGGCGCUGCCAAGAUCCGUACUCUCUGGCCGGGAUCUAGCCAGCACGCCAUUCUCUCGCUUCGUCAUCCUCGUUGGGAGGACUACGAGUACGAGCGUGAACCCGAGUACGACCACCCUUUGGCAUGGCUUGGCGAUGGGCACAUCCCUGUCGACAUGGACCCUGCGUUCUACUACGACGACCUGCGCUCGCGGAUCGAGAAGACGUCGUUCUUCAUCGAUUAA